CAGAUCUAGAGUAAUCAAAAUGUUUGAGGAAAAUACUGCUACUAAUCCAGAGAAAUUAGCUAUGGAUGAGAGGGUUGAUAAGUUGGAAGCUACAAUGCAAAUUGUGGCCGCUACUCUUCAGACUAUCAGUCUUACUUUGUCCACUUUGACUAUUGGUUUGGUUCCUUCACUUGCAUCCUUAGUACCCACAAUACUAGUUCCACCUGUCCCUAUCCCAUCAUCUACCAUCACACUGAGUAAUCGUGCUAAGGAUCCCUUGGUCACACAAUUGCAAUUUCCACUAAUUUAUGAGAAUCAACCUCUAAUGGGGGGGUCAUCUUCACAUGCUCCACAACUAUCAUCUUUUCCUUUUAAGGCCUCAUACCCACCUCUCAAGAUGAACAACCCAACCUUGUCCAUAACCACACCUUUUACCCUUAACAUACCACCUUUGAUAGGACAAGUGCUAGCUAUUCAACCCAACCCCUUGGUUGAGAUAUUGAGGCUUGCUUUAGAGGAUGGGAAGUCAAGAGAGGUUGAUCACAAGCUGAAACAGUUAGAAGAGGCUUUGAAGGCUAUGCAAGGGCCACAAGCUUAUGGUUCCAUUGAUUUGGAUGAUCUUUGUUACUAUCUAGGAAUUCAAACAAAUUUCAAGUUCAAGCAACCGGAUUUUGAUAAGUAUGAUGGCUCAGGUUGUCCCUAUGCCCACCUACAAAUGUACGCUAGGAAGAUGGCACCUUAUGCCAAUGAUGAAAGGGUGCUCAUUCAUUAUUUUCAAGACAAUCUCUCAGGCCCAGUAAGUGUUUGGUUUUCAACGCUUGACAGAAAGAAGAUUUGUACUUUCAAGGAUAUGUCUCAAGCUUUCAUGAGGGUCCAAGAUCUCAUUGAUGAGGGUAAACUUCAACUCGAUACUAAGGAAACCAAGGGUGCUCCAAACAUCACUUGGAAUCCUUUACCUCCACAUGGUGCACCCACCAUGAAUAUGGUUACCUUUGAUGAAGUUGAUAGGCCUGUGUUGGAGAAUGCCACCAACUACACCAAUGAGCUUGAAUAUUCUGUCGUGAUGAUUGAUGAAGCUUUAGUGUGUCCUUAUCAUUCUAAUAUGAAGGAGCAUGCUCUGCAGGAUUGUGGGGAUUUUCAGAGAAAGGUUAAGGAGUUGCAAGCCAUAGGAUCUUUGAAAUUUAUGUUUGCUCUAAAGUCAAAGAAAUUCAUAGCACUAGUGAUUGAAGAAUACUUUACUAGAGAGAGGCUUUACAUUCUACAAGAUACUAAAAAGGCACAAGUAGUCGGUCAGAAUUCACAACAGCCUCAUGUCUUGAAAACCUGUUUUAAUGAGUCAUUCAUGGAAAAGAUAUCAUCUAUGGCCAAUAGCCAUUUUCCUUACUCACUUAAGGUUAUGCCUCAACAUUAUGUCAUCUUGAAUCCUACAACUAAUGAUGUGUCCAAUAUGACCAGUAAUGGUUGGUGCUAUGUGAAUCCCGAAGUGGAAGAAUUGAGAAGGGCUGCCUUGAAGUCAAAAGACAUCAGAAUUGAAGAGGCUCAUCUGGAUGCAUUGCUCAAAGUCUUGAAAGAGGCCCAUGUGCCUAAGAACAUUGAUACUCAGAAGUUUCGAAUUGUGGUUGGGGCAAUCUUAACUCCAAAUUAUAUUAAUUUCACCAAUGAUGAGAUUCCUGACGAAGGAAAUGGACAUCCUAAGGCUCUCUAUAUUUCAAUCCAGUGUAGGAUGAUGAAUGUGCCUUAUGUGUUGAUUGAUAAUGGGUCAGCUCUAAAUGUGAUUCCUAUGACAAUCUUUAAGCAAUUGAAAGUAGAUGAGUCUCACAUUAAUCAGUGUAACACAGUAGUCCGUGCUUUUGAUGGAACAAGAAGGAAUGUGAUUGGAAAGAUUGAGCUUUUAGUGGAAAUUGUGAAUGGUGAGGAAGAGCAUGUCAUCCGAAAGGCUACAACCAUUCCUUACUUGGGAGUUGAUCCUGGAACUUAUGAAUCCUCUUAUCACUUAAUGGAGUGUGCUGCUGCUUCUUAUAUUCACCCAAGGUUGAAAGGGAAAAAGACUGAAAUGGCUAAACCUACCAAAGGCACUUUUGGUUUAGGAUACAAGCCAAAGAAGGAAGAUUGGCAGAGGAUGCGUGCUAUUAAAGUGGAGAAAUGCCUUGCUAGACUUCAAAGGAGAGAUACAAUGGAUGAACCAAUGUGGGUGCUGCACAUUAGAGUCACAUUUCCACGACCUGUUGAGAUUUUGUGCCCUUCUCUUGAUGGAUAUGUGGUAAAGCAUAUGGGUGUUUUGUAUGUAGAUCUAGAGGGUACUGUUUUCAUUGACAGAUCGCUUGAAAUUGGGGAAUGUUCAAAACAAGCGAAGUUUGAGGAAGUGGUUGUGGAAGAUAUCACUGAUGAAGUCUAUUAUGAUGAUGAGGAAGACUACUUUGGCUUCAACAAUCUCUUUGGGCGAGCCAACAUGGCAGAUUCUAAGGAAAGGUGGAGGAGGAUACUUGCUGAAAGGAUAUUUAUGAAGAAGCACCCCAACUUCCAUCUCGUGCAUCAUGCGAAAGCCCCAAUGGGUUCACAUAAGUCUAUGCCUCUCGAAUCAGUGAAAGAAGAAUCACUGUGCGAUUUGUGGGGAAAUUUGACUAGAAAUGCUCUAAAUGAGGAAGAACUUGAAUUUGAUAGGGGAAUUUCUCUGGUUAAUGGAAGCUCUUAAGCUAAUUGGACAGCAGAACUUCUUCUUGCAGCUUUCAUCUUUAAGUAAGAAGAGUCAGCCUCUAGUAGUUCUGCUUGUGACUACAUGAAGGGAGGGAUUCAACAAGCACCUUUAUAUUUUCUGAAAUUUAUGUUAUCUUGCUUCUAGUAUUCCCAUGCUUUCCUUUUCAAUGAAACAUGUUGCAAUCU